CGGAGCGUUUAGACUUUAGACGCGGCCACCGCAGCAAUGCAAUUCAAAAUAUAGAAAUUGAAGAUUUAUUUGGCCCAGAACAGAGACUGUGGCGAGUAAAUGCAAAACCCUCAUAAAUUCUUUCUUCUUCGCAGUUCUGCAGAGCAAAUGUCCGCCUCCUAGACUCGCUUGAUGCUUUACUGUUCAUUGCUCAAAGCCUAAAGCUGAUUCACUUCGUAAAAUUUCGGUGAGUAUCCUUCAAUGUUUGGUUUUCUCGGUUCAAGAUUAGCUUUGAAUAAUUGUGUUUCUCUGUUUGUCUCAAAUGCCCAACUGGGUAUGCUUCCUUUUCACUCAUUAUUCAUAACCCGAUCUUUUUCGUCUUCCACACCUUCUUAUUUGAAUGAGCACUCAUUUAUAGUCUCAUAUCUCGUAAAUUCAUGUGGAUUAACCCUAAAAUCUGCUCUAUCUAUCUCUAAGACUAAGGGGAUAUGUUUUCAAACCCCUGAAAGACCAGAUUCUGUACUUAGGCUUUUCAAGGAACAUGGAUUCACCAAUUCCCAAAUCUCCAAAAUUGUCAAGGGUCGGCCACAGUUGCUUUUAGCCCAACCAGAAAAGACACUCUUGCCCAAAUUUGAGUUUCUGCGUUCUAUAGGGGUUUCAAGAUCAGGACUUUCUAUAAUUGCUAAUAGGAAUCCAGUUUUGUUGAGUCGAAGUAUAGAGCGAUAUCUGAUUCCACUUUAUGAGAUCCUUAAAAGUGUACUUAUAUCUGAUGAGAAAGUAGUUGUGGCACUGAAACGCAUGGGACGAAAUUUUUGUCUGUACAGCUUUCCGAAAAAUUUAUCACUCUUAAGAGGGCUUGGAGUCUCUCAAUCUUCCAUCUCUUACUUGGUGAGCCAAUGUCCGUCACUAAUGUGCCAAGAGGUGGGCAAGUUUGCUGAAGGGGUUAAAAAGGUUGUGAAUCUAGGAUUUGACCCUUCAAAAAUUAAAUUUGCUGAGGCAGUCCUUGUUUUUUAUACAAUGACGCACAAAACAUGGGAACACAAAAUGGAGGUUUACAGGAGGUUGGGUUUGUCUGAAGAUGAGAUUUGUUUGAUUUUCAGAAAGCAUCCCAGAUGCAUGGCUCUGUCUGAGAAGAAAGUCAUGGGUACAAUGGAUUUUCUUGUGUGCAAGAUGGGUUGGCAGCCUGCUGCUGUCACCAGAGUUCCUAACAUUCUUGGUCUUAGUUUGGAGAAGAGGAUUAUGCCUAGAUGUUCAGUUGUAAGAGUUUUGCUUUUGAAGGGUUUGAUCAAAGGAGACGUCUAUUUAUCCUCAGUGUUGCUACCUUCUGAAAAGCUCUUCUUGGAAAGGUUUGUGAUCAAUUAUCAAGAAGAUGUGCCUCAAUUGUUGGAUAUCUAUCAAAGAAAAAUGAGUCUUAUAGAACUUGGGUGUGGCUUUGAUGAUAAAUUGAAGAUUUCUGGGUUAAAAAUGGUCUAGCCUGCAGCAUGUCAAUCUUAAAACCAUUAAUUCCAAUUUGAUGUUGCUUUCUAGUGAUUCCCUUAA